UUAGGAAUUUGGCAUCCAGCUUCAGGGGUCAGGUGACAUUUAUCAACAUCUCUCAGGAGAGGAGAGACUGUCUUUAAAGAGACAACUGCAAAGACAGAGUUUGUGCCUGGACCGAAGAAGAAGGUGACACAAGCAUGCCUGAACCAGCAAAACCUGCAGGUAAGAAGGGGGCUGGCCCUGUAAAGAAGCCUGCAAAGGCCCCUGCAAAAGAAGAGGAAGCUCCAAAAGCUGUUGCAGAAGAACCUGCAAAAGAGCCUGAACAGUCUCCCGUAUCUCCACCUCCAGUUGAAGCUCCACCAGCUCCAGAGGAACCUGUAACACCAACUCCAGAAGAGACCCCAAAGGAUGAAGAAAAAGAGUCUUACGAUGAAGAUGAGCGGGAGAUGGCGGACUAUUUUGAGGAAAUUUCAUCAUCAUAUGAUGCAGAUCAAGAACCUCCUGACAUGACUGCAUUGUUGUUGCAUAAACCAGCAAGUGUAAAUGUGCAAACUGGAAAAGAUUUUGUAGUAAAUAUCACUGUCAAUGGCACCAUCGCCACUGCAAAGCCCCAAGUGAAGUGGUUUAAAGGAAAGUGGCUGGAACUAGGGAGUAAAAGUGGAACUCGUUACAAGUUUUCGGAUGAGUAUAUUGAUGCAUCCAAGCUAUACCACUUUCAGCUAAAAGUUUUCAAGGCAGUUAAAGCUGAUAAUGGUUCCUAUCGAUGUGAAGUCACUGCACCGGACCAAUGUGAAAACUGCACAUUCACUGUCUCAGUACAAGAUGCAGGAAAUGAAGGCAAUAUUCUGCAAGCUUUUAAGAGAACAACCAGUGGAGAUGGUAAAAGAAGAGAUGAUGCUGGGGAACUUGAUUUCAGCGCCCUCCUCAAAAAAACAGAGAGGGAAAAGAAAGAACAAGCGGAAAAACAAAAGAAAAAAGGAGACGAGGAUCCAAUGGAUAGUAUUCCUCCUCAUGUCUGGGAAAUAUUGAAAAAUGCUAAGCCAAGCGAGUAUGAAAAAAUUUGUUUUCAACAUGGUGUCACCGACUUGAGAGGCAUGCUCAAGCACCUGAAGAAGAAGAAAGUGCAAAUUAAGAAAAGUGACGCAUUUAAAAAAAGAUUAGAUAACUGCUAUACAGUAGACAAAGGUCAGAAGAUUAAACUGGAAGUAGAGUUGACAAACCCUGACCUGCCUGUUAAAUGGAUGAAGAAUGGGCAAGUGAUAAAACCUAGUGCCAAAUAUGUAUUUGAGAAUGUUGGUCUCAAAAGAGUGCUCACAAUCAACAAAUCUAGCCUGGCAGAUGAUGCUGAAUACGCGUGUGUAGUUGGUGAUGAUAGGUCUACAACUGAACUUUAUGUUAAAGAGCCUCCUGUUACAAUUGAGAAGGGGUUGGAGGACCAACAAGUUUUUGUAGGCGAAAAAGUGGAAUUAGAAGUGGAGGUCUCUGAAGAAGGUGCCCACGUGAUGUGGAUGAAAGAUGGAGUGGAGUUAACUCGUGAGGAAACAUUUAAAUAUCGCUUCAAAAAAGAUGGUAAAAAACACAUUUUGAUUAUAAAUGAAGCCACCAAAGAGGACAUUGGACGCUACUCAGUGAUAACCAAUGGUGGAGAAUGCGAGGCUGACCUUGCAAUUGAAGAUAAGAAGCUGGAAGUCUUACAGGGCAUUGCUGACCUCACAGUUAAGGCAGCUGAACAGGCAUUAUUCAAAUGUGAGGUUUCUGAUGAGAAAGUGACGGGCAAGUGGCUUAAAAAUGGAGUGGAAAUCAGACCAAGCAAACGCAUCACAAUGACCCAUAAGGGCAGGAUUCACAAGUUAAUUAUUGAUGACGUUAGGCCAGAUGAUGAAGCCGACUACACAUUUGUCCCUGAUGGAUAUGCCUUGUCUCUGUCUGCCAAGCUCAACUUUCUUGAGGUCGUGAUUGAAUAUGUUCCUCUUGAAGAGCCACCUAAAAUCCACCUUGAUUGCAGUGGUGGAACACCUGUCAACACCAUCAUUGUUGUGGCUGGAAACAAACUACGAUUUGAUGUCCCCAUCACUGGAGAGCCUGCACCAACGGUGGCAUGGUUUAAAGAAAACAUUGAAUUUACAGAAAUUGAAGGCCGGGUGCACGUAGAUACAGAUAAAGAUCAAAGCAGCUUUGUUAUUGAUGGAGCAAAACGAGAGGAUGAAGGCAAUUAUAGGAUAGUAGUGUCCAACCCUUCUGGAGAGGAUAGUGCCACUAUAUAUAUAAAAGUAGUAGAUAUUCCUGAUCCUCCACAGAACAUUCAAAUCCCAGGUGUUGGAGAGGACUGGGCAGAUGUUAUUUGGGAGCCCCCAAAAUAUGAUGGUGGUCAACCGAUUUUAGGAUAUCUUAUUGAAAGGAAAAAGAAAGGGAGCCAAAGGUGGAUGAAGAUGAACUUUGACCUUUACACGGACACAAGUUACCAGUCAACAAACAUGAUUGAAGGAGUACUCUAUGAAAUCAGAGUCUUUGCUGUCAACGUUAUUGGCAUUUCACAGGAAGCUAAUACCACUAAUCCAUUCAUGCCAAUUGCUCCUACAAGUGAGCCUCUGCAUUUGAAAGUUGAGGAUGUCACAGAUACCACUUGCACACUGAAAUGGAGACCACCAGAUCGCAUUGGAGCUGGAGGAAUAGAUGGUUAUUUGAUUGAGUACUGCAAAGAAGGAUCUGAUGAAUGGGUUUCGACCAACGUGGAGCUGGUAGAAAGAUGUGGAUAUACAGCAAAGGGUCUACCAACAGGAGAAAAACUUUUCUUCCGGGUGCGUGCUGUGAAUAUUGCCGGUAAAAGUGAGCCAGUCAUUCUGGGACAGCCAGUUACAAUUCGGGAGAUUGUGCAAUCACCCAAAAUCAGAUUACCACGGCAGCUGAGGCAGACAUAUAUUAAAAGAGUAGGAGAGCAAGUCAACCUACUUAUUCCCUUUCAGGGAAAACCAAGACCAAAGGUAACAUGGUCUAAGGACGGCCAACCGUUAGAUUCAAAGCAAGUCAGCAUCAGAACUUCUGAAUCAGACACCAUUUUAUUUAUAAGAUCCUCUGAACGGGCUCAUUCAGGAAAAUAUGACCUAUCAGUUCAGAUCGAAAAUAUGGAAGACAUAGCAACAGUUAGCAUUCGCAUUGUCGAUAAACCCGGUCCAGCUCAUCUUGUAAUGGUCAAGGAGAUCUGGGGCUUUAAUGCUCUUGUGGAAUGGCAGCCCCCUAAAGACAAUGGGAAUUCUGAAAUCACAGGAUACACAAUUCAGAAAGCUGAUAAAAAGACAAUGGAAUGGUUCACAGUAUAUGAGCACAAUCGUCUGCCACGCUGUACAGUGUCUGACCUCAUCAUGGGAAAUGAAUAUUACUUCAGAGUGUUCAGUGAGAACGUAGUUGGGCUCAGUGAUGCACCCGGCGUCUCCAAGAACACAGCCAUCAUUGAGAAAACUGGUUUAGUCUACAAACCUCGUGACUAUGAAGAAAUGGAUGUCUGCAUGGCUCCUAAAUUCCUUACACCUCUUAUAGACCGCAGUGUAGUGGCUGGGUACAGUACAGCCUUGAAUUGUGCUGUAAGAGCUUAUCCAAAGCCUAAAGUGAUCUGGAUGAAAAAUAAAAUGGAGAUUAGAGAUGAUCCAAAAUUCCUCAUGAAACAUAAUCAAGGAGUUCUUACCCUGAGUAUCCGCAAGCCCAGCCCAUUUGAUGGUGGAACCUAUACCUGCAAAGCCAUAAAUGAGCUGGGUGAAGCUGAAGUGGACUGUAGAUUGGAAGUCAGAGUUCCCCAGUAAUCCCAUCCUGGAUUGAUAAGCAGUUCCGCUUGAGGUCUGAAUGAGAUAUACCUGGGUCUUUCAUUUAAAACUGCAAAGAAGAAAAAAAAGAAUCUGUCUUCAUCAUGUGUUUUGUGGUGUCCUAUAUUAUUACUAAUGUUUGUUGUGUAUUUUUAAAUAUGCACUUCUUAGUAUAUGUGAACAACUUGCCUCUUUGUUCUUGUUAACUGUUGUUGCACUUUUCUUAUGUAAUAUGUGUCCCUUUGUCGGCUCAUCAUUAUGUGUGCUAAAAAAAAAUAUUCUGUAUGUCCUGUAUAAAGGUCCUUGUUCAUGUUUAAAUCGCUGUUUGCCAUAAUCUAAAAAGCAUGCUUGGAGAACUUCGGAUGGCAAAAAUUCAAUUAUUUAGGCUCAAGGACUAAGGUUCAGACCCACAUGUCUUACUAAUUAUGUUGCUCACAGAUUACUUGUGAGAAAAACUGUCUCAGAAAAA